AGUUUAUUUCUUGAAAUUUGAAUAGUAGUUUUAUACGAGCAAUAGCACAUGAUGAAUCUGCAGGUAUAGAUGUUACGCAACUCACUUUUGCGUCACAAAUUACCUUUAAUUUCUCUGUAUUUAAAAAGCACCUCAGGUAAAUUAAUGAAUCUUCAAUAUUUUACCUUCUUCAUAAUUUUUUCCUUUAACGACUGCCUUUAAUUACAACUUACAUAUGUAAAUAUACGUACAGCAAAAUAGUUUUUGUGAAUACAGUGUUAAUUAAAGAAUUUCCAACGUGUUGCUAAAUAUUACACUAGCUUGACAUUGUCAGUGAAUAAUUUUUUAUUUCGUUACAAAAUCGACGCUUACCUUUAUGUUAUAGUUAUUGUAGUCUCUCUUGUUUUUUAAUAUACAGGAUGCCAAGCUUGCAGGAGGUGAUAGAGCACUAUAAAUUAUAAAUUAAGAGUUUGUAUAUUCGCAAGUUUCGAGAAAAACGCAAUUGAAAGUACAUCCGGCCCUGGUUCAUAAAUACGACCGCAACGCUGUACUCAAUCAGCUGGUGACUACUAGUAUCAGUGUAGUAUUUGUUUUGCAUUUUUUUGCUCAUGUAUUGUUUAAUUGUUAGAUUAGAAAAAGUGUGAUUCAGGGCGUUUAUUCUUUUAAUGUUUAAUUCUUGUGCUGUUUAAUAACCUAAUUCAACAAUACAACAUUAAUUACUACUGUAAGCCAGUACGUAUUUACGGGAUUGAAAUAUAUCGCUGCUGUAGGGACGAACUCCUCGAUUUCAAAGAAGACAAUCCCCCAAAGUAUUACAUGCGAAAUAGCAGAGAACGUUCGUUCCUCUCAGUGUGACAAUUUUGAAAGGAACAGUUGCUGCAUCCUUAUCAUUUGCAGCGAGUGCAAGCCUUGCUUCAAUCCGAUUUUCAGUCGCUAGUGGAUUUGUGUCGGUAGUUUCGAAAGAAAAAUACUGCAUAGUCUACUUGGUGUUCACAGACUUUUCUUCACGCGGGAUGGAAUUUUAAAUAAUAAUAAUAAUCAGUAUUGGUGCUCUUUUGUGUUUGCAUUUGCAUACGUUUGUUUAUUGCAGUUUCCAUCCUCCAUAACUCGCCACUUACUUCUGUUACACUCUGUAUAGGUACUUAGUAGUAAGAGCAGGGGGCCUCUUCUACUGUUCACUCAAACGAGAUUCGUAUACGAAUAGAAAUUACUAUUAAAAUUGCGAAGACACUUGACACAUAAUUUAUCGUUAAUUAUAAAAACCAAUUAGAAUUCUCUUUUGUUUCAGGAGAGGGAUGUAUCGAGAAGCCCUUAACUACUCUUUGGAGAAACUACACCCAGUCAUCUAGACCUGACGUUCAAAUGCAACUAAGUGUCAGUGGCGGUGGCCUGAAGGCAACAACGAAAGAUCAUGGUCUAACGGAAUAUUGGGCAAACCGUUUGACAUUUUGUUCUGCCCCAUCACACUUUCCCCGAAUCUUCUGUUGGGUUUACAGACACGAAGGCAGAAAAUUAAGGCACGAACUUCGUUGUCAUGCAGUUCUUUGUUCCAGUGCUACUGCAGCUAAACAAAUUGAAGAGCAAUUGAAAGCAUCGCUAGCUCUUGCCUUGGCUGAGUUCAAGAAAGACAAAAUCUUUCGUCAGAAUGCUCGAUUAUCUCUUCUUAAUGCUCUGUAUGAAUAUCCAACAAUACCCAGGCGAAAAAUCUUAUUAAGUUCCGGCUCAUAUAACUAUAAACCUCCACUGGAACGUUCAAAAUCAGCUCCUAAACUUACAAUAAUCGAGGAAAACGCCGAAGAACAAGAUGAGGUAGGUGACUAUAGGCGUAGGAACUUGUUCCAGUCUUUCAGUGUGCCCUCUCCUCGAAAUUCCAUCCAAGAAGAAAAUUUAUUUACUCAGGAUGCUAGUCAAGAACAACAGAUCUGUGAUGUGAAUCUUAAAAAUUCUCUUACAAAUACUCAAGUGGAAAAUGCAAAAGAUCAGUUAGAAGAAUUAGAAAAGAAUAUUUUAGUGUUAGGAAACUUACUGCAUGAUAGCUUAACUAAAGAACUGAUGGAAUCCUGCGAGGAAAAGUGCGAGAGGACGUGGUUUACGAAUUUCAACGAAACCGAUAUUUUACCCGUCGAUAGUGAUGAGGGUUCGUUGUCAAGCGGCUGUGAAACCAGUAGUACGGUCACUUCCGAAGCUGAACCAGCGCAUUUCAGCACGAUCAUCGAAGUGGAAGAGGAUAAGAUCGUCUAUUCGGAGGACGAUUACAAUAAAAAUUGCAUCAAGACUGAACUGGACUUUAAAGUAGGUGGAAGUGUGUCGAAUUGUGUGCGCAGUUUCGAUCAACUUACGGACACAAAUAUCCGGAAAUAUUGCUGGAUGAACAGUGUAAAUAAUAAUGGUGUUGGAAGUGGUGGUAUUCUGAAUAACGACCAAGUGUCCCUUAUACCACUCGGCGAAUGUCACGCUGACUUUAGUUCGUUAAAAGUGUUCAAACGGAGACAUUCCGAUAAUGCCAUUUCGGAAAACGGACUUUACGAAAUAAGGAUAAACGGUGACGAUAAAGAAGACGAUAAAACUUGUGAUUAUAAUGACGAGGGUUACGAUGAGGCAUUAGAUAGUCCUAACUCUGUUACAAAUGUGGUUUUAAUUUAAAGAGCGCGAAAUGUAUUCACAUGUAUAUAUGUUAUAUAAAUGCUGUCCAUAUUAUAUAUGUACCACAAAAGUAUUUUACCGAACAAUUUAUUUUCAGUGAAAGUACAAAACUAU